CACACUUAUUAGGAAAUUCUUGCAAAGAUGCCGGGCCUGACUUCAGCUCACAAACAGAGAAUGACCAGUGACUAUGAGUCAGUGCUGGAGAGAAUUCUCAUGGUGGACCAAAUUCUGUCUGAAUUUCUGCUGAGUAAAGAAGAUAUUGAAGAAGUGAUGAGGAGAAUGCGGAGAGAGAUGGAGAGGGGACUGCGUGUGGAGACACACGAUGAAGCCAGUGUGAAAAUGUUGCCCACUUAUGUUCGCUCAACACCUGAAGGUUCUGAGGUGGGUGAUUUCCUGGCACUGGAUCUCGGCGGGACAAAUUUUCGGGUGAUGCUGGUAAAAGUGGGUGAGGAUGAGGAGAGGGGUUGGAAGGUGGAAACGAAGCAUCACAUGUACUCCAUCCCAGAGGACACCACGACCGGCACCGCUGAAAUGCUGUUUGACUACAUUGCGGGGUGCAUAUCUGACUUCCUGGACAAGCAUAAUCUCAAACAUAAGAAGCUUCCACUCGGUUUCACCUUCUCUUUUCCAGUCCGUCAUGAGGAUUUGGACAAGGGCAUUUUGCUCAACUGGACAAAAGGCUUCAAGGCCUCUGGCGCCGAGGGCAAUAACAUUGUGGGUCUGCUGAGAGAUGCUAUUAAAAGAAGAGGGGAUUUCGAAAUGGAUGUGGUUGCUAUGGUGAAUGACACAGUAGCCACCAUGAUCUCCUGCUACUAUGAAGACCGUAGCUGUGAAGUUGGCAUGAUAGUGGGUACUGGAUGCAAUGCAUGUUAUAUGGAGGAGAUGCGUAAAGUGGAGCUUGUGGAGGGAGAGGAGGGCAAGAUGUGUGUGAACACUGAAUGGGGUGCAUUUGGGGACAAUGGUGAACUGGAGGAGUUUCGUCUGGAAUAUGAUCGUGUUGUAGAUGAGACGUCACUCAACCCUGGACAACAGCUGUAUGAAAAGCUGAUUGGUGGAAAGUAUAUAGGAGAGCUUGUGCGUCUUGUGCUGCUAAAACUUCUGAAUGAAGAUCUGCUGUUUAACGGUGAAGCCUCAGACCUGCUGAAAACACGGGGGGCUUUUGAAACUCGCUUCGUCUCCCAGAUUGAGAGUGACAUAGGGGACAGAAAGCAGAUCUAUAACAUCUUAAGCUCACUGGGAAUCUUGCCAUCCGAGCUGGACUGUGACAUUGUGCGUCUGGCAUGUGAGAGUGUGACUACUCGAGCUGCUCACAUGUGUGGGGCUGGACUCGCUGGCGUCAUCAACCUAAUGAGGGAACGGCGUUGUCAAGAGGAACUGAAGAUCACUGUGGGAGUUGAUGGCUCUGUCUACAAACUACACCCUCGGUUUAAGGAGAGGUUCCAUAAACUUGUGCGGGAAAUUACGCCUCACUGCGAAAUUACCUUCAUCCAAUCCGAAGAAGGGAGUGGUCGGGGCGCGGCUCUCAUUUCUGCUGUGGCGUGCAAGAUGGCCUGCAUUUUGGCACCAUGAUGAAAUACACAAUUCAGCCUCAUUUACAUCUGGUGGAAGUCUAGGGUCACCAGUGACUUGCGAUGCUGAUAGACACUCAUUUGGAAUGGCCUCAGAAAGCCUCCUCUUGUGGUGAAAAUUGCAUUGCGUUUAAAAAGGAGGUGGCUUGAGGGUUGUUAUGGCAAUAUUUAUAUUUACAUAAAGUUAUAUGUAUAAUACAAAAUUGCUGUUUAACAUGCUUUAUAACACAAAUAUACAUUAAUAUUGCAAUUGUCUGAAGCACAUUUUAGGUAAUGUUGCUUUACAUUUUAUACAUUGAUGUACCUGGACUUUGGUGAUUGAAAGUUAGGAGAAAAGCAGAGGUAACUUUGAUGUCAUUGUACAUUAAAUGAAAAGUUGGGCUUCAGCAUAAGCUAAUU